AUGACUUCUUCAAUCAUUCACGACAUCAAGCCUCUCGCCGAUCUGCACCCCAAGCCGGAAUCGGUUCAUUUUCAAUACGGCACCGCCGGUUUUAGGACUCUAGGUCAUGUGCUGGACUCUGUCCUGUUCCGCGUAGGCAUACUUGCAGCUUUGAGGAGCAAGAAGCAGGAUGGCAAAACCAUCGGAGUGAUGGUCACCGCUUCGCAUAACCCAGAAGUUGACAAUGGUGUGAAACUUGUUGAUCCUCGUGGCGAGAUGCUCGAAAGCUCCUGGGAAGCGCAUGCCACCAAUAUCGCCAAUGCACCCACCACGGACGCCCUCGUCGCUGGUCUGGUCAAAUUUGUAGAUGAUUUGAAGAUAGAUUUAUCCAAGCCCGCGAGGGUUGUAUAUGCCCGUGACACUAGGCCUUCUGGAGCCGCCCUGGUGUCUGCACUAGACGACGGUUUGAAGGCCCUCGGCGCAGAAGUUCGGGAUGCUGGUGUGACGACAACACCGAUUCUGCAUUACCUGGUCAAGGCGAUCAAUACCAAGGGUACAUCUGAUUCAUACGGGGAUGACUCGGAGGAGGGGUACUACCAGAAAUUGAGCUCUGCCUUCAAAAGGCUGGUGAAAGGGCGGCCAGCCAUACCUCCGUUACUGAUUGACUGUGCAAACGGAGUUGGUGCAUUUGCUGCUGAAAAGCUCGCUCAGCAUUUGCAAGAUUCCAUCACCUUCAUCUUGGCAAACACGUCAACAACAACUCCAGGUGCUCUGAAUAACGCGUGCGGCGCUGAUUUCGUCAAGACGCAACAGAAACUUCCGCCUUCUCUCGAGGGCAAACUGAAGUCCGGACAGCGGGCGUGCAGUCUGGACGGAGAUGCCGAUCGUCUGAUGUACUUCUACCUCGACGAGCAUAGUCAAUUCCACAUGCUCGACGGCGACAAGAUCGCUGCCCUUGUGGCUGCGUUCAUCGGGGAACUGGUCAAGGCCGCUGGCCUCGACGAAGACAUCAAAGUGGGCAUCGUGCAAACUGCGUACGCUAACGGCGCUUCCACGAAGUACUUGGCUGACAGGGUACCAGUGAAAUGUGUGCCCACCGGCGUUAAACACCUGCAUCAUGCUGCGGAGAGCUUCGAUAUCGGCGUGUAUUUCGAAGCCAAUGGGCAUGGUACAGUCCUGUUCUCCCGCGAGACACAGGAGAAGCUUAGAUCACACGAGCCAACAUCUCCCGCUCAAUCCACCGCGCAGGGCCACCUCAUCGCUCUGACCGAACUGAUCAACCAAACCGUCGGGGAUGCAUUGUCGGACAUGCUGCUCGUGGAGGUCGUACUGGCACACAAAUCAUACACCGGCAUCGAGUGGGAUGCGUUAUAUGCAGACCUGCCGAACCGUCUUGUCAAAGUGGUGGUUGGGGAUCGUAAUGCCUUUAGGACAGUGGAUGCAGAACGCCGCUUGGUGAGCCCUGCAGGGCUGCAAGAGAAGAUCGACGCUCUCGUAGGCGGAUUCGAAGGUGGAAGGUCUUUUGUCCGCCCAAGCGGUACAGAAGACGUCGUACGAGUGUAUGCGGAAGCUUCCUCACGUGUUCAGGCGGACGAACUCGCGUUUCGCGUUGCUGGCCUUGUUUACGAUCAGGCAGGCGGAGAUCCCGCGAAGCGUCCUGUCGAGUUCCUGUGA